AAAUUAUCAAGAAAUUAAGGCUUCUAUAUGUAUAUAUGUAUAUAUGCUUCGAAGCUGAUGAACAUACUAUUUUGAAGAACUUGGAUUUUGCCAAUAGUCAUUAAGUCAUGGCAGAAGGCAAAGCGAUGUGCAAUGCUGCUCCAUUUAAAUUCACAUGGAGAAUUAACGAGUUUUCCAAAAAGACAGAAAAAGUGUAUUCAGAAGAUUUCUCUGCUGGUGGUUGUAAAUGGCGUUUGGCUAUUUACCCCAAAGGAAACAAUGUGAAUUAUUUGUCAAUAUACCUGGAAGUUGCUUAUCGAAAAAAUUUGCCGGAAGGAUGGAGUACGGAAGCAAAAUUUAGCUUGGCAGUUGUUAAUCAAAUCAAUAGCAGGUCCACAGUCAGAAAGGAUACACAAAAACAAAUUGUAUUCAACGCAUCGGGAAUGAAUUGGAGUUGGGGUUUCGCAUCUUUCAUUCCUCUUAGCAAAUUAAAAAAUCCUUCGGAAGGAUAUCUUGUGGGAGAUAGCCUUAUGGUUGAAGCUGAGGUUCUUGUUUAUAAUGGCCAGCAUCACUUAAGCCGUGACCCUAAAAAAGAAGUAGCUAGUACAAAACUAUCUGAGCCAGUGGCUGUACCACCAACUGUUAUUGAAACUCCUUUAACAACUAAACCAUUAAAGAAGACUAAAGAACCCAUUCAAACCACUACUGCCACCAGUGAUCAAGAAGUCAUCAAGUCAUCGCCACCUCCUUCAAUGACUGCUGAGACAAUGAUUCUUCCAAAGACUAAAGAACCCAUUCAAACUACUGGUCCCACCAGUGAUCAAGAACUUAUCAAGUCAUCAUCACCGCCUCCUUCAACUGCUGCUGAGACAAAGAUUCUUCCAAAGACUAAAGAACCCAUUCAAACUACUGCUCCCACCAGUGAUCAAGAACUUAUCAAGUCAUCAUCACCGCCUCCUUCAAUUGCUGCUGAGACAAAGAUUCUUCCAAAGGUUCUGUCUCACUUGGCAGAAUUAAAAGAGAGUAUUCCUGUGGCUGCAACUAUUGCAAAAACUGCUCAAGCUCACAGAACAUCUCUUUCGGGGAAAACCACUGAUCUUGAAGCAAGAUUGGCACAAAGAGAAAAGAAACUAAGUUUCUUGGAGACUGAAUUCUCUAGACUUUCCAAAGAAGAAGAAAAAGUAGAGGCUCGAUUUCAAUUCUUAAUUACCCAGAAGGAGAAAAUUCUUGCUAAUAAGAAGUAUGUUUUAGCUGACUUGGAGAAAACAAAUGAUGAAGCUUUAAAAGAUUUGGAAGAAUGGCGAAAUCUGGAAAGUGAAAUCAAGCAGGUGAAUUAAGUGUCCGUUGGAAACUCUUCAAGGAGGAUUUGGGUCUUGGAAAGCUUAACAUUCUGUAAUUACUUCUGUCACGGCUCGAUCCCAUAGGCUAGACCGGCACUAGGACUUGGGCCAGUAUAAAGCCCCCGAGGCCCGUAGUAAGUCUUACUGUUCCUAGAUCCAUAACCAAGGCCAAAAAACUUAGGCCCAACAUGUAAAUAAAAUUAAAUAAAAUAAAAUAUUUUUAUUCGGGUCAACCCAACCCGAUAACCAUAAAAAACUGAA